AUGAGUCAACCAGUCCCCAAUCAGAAACCUCCUCCACCACCAGCUCCGCCGCCACCGCCACCACCUCCGCCGCCGCCGCCGACACCUCCGCCGCCAGCUACCGUUGAGAACCCACCAAGGGAUCAAUCGCUGCACGUCCAACCAACCAUAGCAACUGACUCCCUACCAUCUCCGAAAAAGGUGAAGAAGACCUCCGCCGCCGCCGCCAUGUGCUGCACCUCCGCCGUCGGCGGCCGACAGGCGGGCGGAAAACACCCGAUAUACCGCGGCAUAAGGAGCCGGAGCGGGAAAUGGGUAUCAGAAAUCCGGGAGCCGAAGAAGACAACCCGCAUAUGGCUGGGCACCUACCCCUCGCCGGAGAUGGCCGCCGCCGCCUACGACGUGGCGGCGCUGGCCCUCAAGGGCGGCGACGCGGCGGUCCUCAACUUCCCAGACCGCGUCAGGGCGUACCCAGUCCCGGCGUCCCCCUCGCCGACGGAUAUCCGCAGGGCGGCGGCGGAGGCGGCGGAGAUGAUGAAGGCGGAGGCUGGCGCGCGACUGGAAUCCGGAGUUUCAGGUGAGGAGACUUUGGUCAGCGGGACAGAAUUUGUGGAUGUGGAGGCGCUUUUUGACAUGCCUAAUUUGCUAAAGGAUAUGGCGGAAGGGAUGAUGGUCAGCCCGCCAAGGAUAGCGGCGGAGCCGUCGGACGACUCGCCGGAGAACUCCGACGCCGAGAGCCUGUGGAGCUACUUUUAA